CCUCGCUAGUGUCGUAUAGGUGCCAGUGUGCCAGGAUGACAAUUUUCUAAAACUUGGCCAAUGGUCUUUGGGACCCAUACGGAUAUUGCAUGUCGCCUACAAAGACAUACUAUGACAUCCGUCACAAUACCUACAAGCACUGGUCCAUUACAUGGCGGUUACCCUUCGGUACUGGAAGAACUAUCAAGUAGCGAACCUGAGUUUGAAUCAUCCAGAAACUCAAAACGAUCCCUUUGCUUGCCACAAACUCCAUCAGACUCCUGUAAAAAGCGUAGAAAACAAUCCACUCCCAUUAGGAUUUAUAAUUCAGAACCAGAAAUUAAAGAUGACGGAGUCAGUUCCGCACUAGCGAGUACAAACGUAAAAGUAACAGAAUGUUACGAUGAUGAAAAACAUAAAUGUAAUGUGUGCCAACUUAAGCUGGGAUCUGACAGCCAGUUACAAAGUCACGUUGCCUGCGAACAUCAGCAGCUCGAAAUAAAAAAGGAUCCCGAUGAUGAAACUGCAGCUAAUCCACCAUCUGCGGUAUUUGUGGAUGCUCCACUUUGUCUCACAAUUGGCCGACCGGAGAUGCAAUGGGGUACUGAAUUGCCGAAUAAAGACUGGGCAAAUACUAACAUACCGAAUGUAUACAAUUCAUCAAAUCCAGUAUUUAUGGCUAUGUCUCAGUUUAAUCAACCUGAUAAUAUUCAAAUGAAACCAGCUAGAAUAUUUAAUCCGGAUGCUUAUUGUGAGAUGUGUAAUAAAGAGUUCUGUAAUAAAUACUUUUUAAAAACUCACAAGGCCAACAAACAUGGCAUCUACACGGAUACGACGUCUAGUGAACCGCAGUUGCCGAGUGGAACUAAUGUCUCAUCCUAUGGUACAAGCUUAAAUUUAAAGUUACCAACUUCAGUGCCAAGCGUCGAUAAUUUAAUAAGAAAUGAUACCAAAACACCAACAAAUGUAAUUAAUCCAUAUAACAUUCCAUUUUCAAGUUCAUUUUCGAACAAACUAUCUAAAGUUACUCGACCUGUUUUACAAAAUAACGAGCUAAAUAAUAUUCAGUGCUCGGUAUCGCUACGUACCUGUAAUGGUCCAUCUUCUAAUGAAAGUGAUAAAUAUAUAUCAGAAGACCAAGUUGAUGAAUGUUCUACUUCUACAAACUUACCAACCGAAUCUACCUCAGCUAAAAAUGAAUCUGACAGAAAUGCAACUUUUGACGAGUCUAUAAAAAUGUCUCCAAGUCAGUCUAGUCGGGAACUUGAUCUUUCUAAUCGAUUAAGAAGAAUAGGUGUAAUGAAUCCUAAAGCUUUCUGUGAAAUUUGUAAUAAAGAAUAUUGUAAUAAGUAUUUUUUACGUACGCAUAAAAUGAAACGUCAUGGUAUUUAUAUUCCUGAUGAUAGAGACCCUAAAAUAGAUGGAUCGAUUAAUAGUCCGUGGCCUUCAACAGUACAAACUAGUCCUUUAAAUCUUAUUGUUACUGAAAGUUCUUCGACUGUAUUUGAUCGUAAAACUACAUCACCUAAUGAUAUCAGCUGCGAGUUAUGUGGGAUUAAGUUUCAGAAUACAAAUUUGGCUCAACUUCAUAAUUAUACUGUUCAUGGUAAAAUUACUAAAGAUGAUGAUAAUUCCGAAAUUAAUUUUGAACCAGCAGGCGAAGACUCGAAACAAGGUCACCAGAUCUCGAAAAUAUCGAAUAACGAAAAAUCAAAUAGUACGGAAAACAUAAGUGAAGAUCUGCAGAAGCUUCAGACCAUGAUUCUUCAACUAAAUGAUCUUGACAUGACAAAAUCUUCGAAUAUUUGUAAUUAUUGUAAUAGGGAAUUUGAAAAUCGCUUCUACUUACAUGCACAUAUGGUAACAGAUCACGGCAUGCUAAUGGAGGAGAACAGUGAUAUAGAAAAAAAUGGCGAGUCAGAAAAUAGCAAUAAUAACACAUUAUGCGAUAUAUGUGGUAAGGACUUACCAAAUGCAGAAGAUAUGAAAAAACACAUCAUUGAAACACAUUCCAAUAUUCAUAGUAGUGCUAUAGAAAGUAGUAAGGACGAAUAUAGUAACGAAAAUACGACAUCAGAUAAAAUGUCGUCAAAUAGAAUUUUUAUGUCAGGAGGUAACGCACCAGAAAGACGACUAUCAGUUAAUGUCACUCCAACAAGUAGCUAUUGUGAAAUAUGCAACAAAGAACUUUGUAAUAAAUAUUUUAUGAAAACACAUAUGCAGAGGAUGCACGGAAUUGAGAUUGAAAAUGGAGCUCAAAUAGGUGGAGUGGUUUGUGACAUUUGCAACAAGGAAUUAUGCAGUAAAUAUUUUUUAAGAGUGCAUAAACAUAAUACGCAUGGAAUUGUAGAGUAUGGUGCUAGUCUUCUGCAAUCAAGCAGAAAAUCUGAAAGCGAACCAAGUUCACAGCCUUCAGUAUUGACUCCCGAAUCUGAAUCUGCCUUAAAGCCGAGCGACUUGGCUGAUUUAAGCCAUAGGUAUUUUACACAUUUCACUGAAGUAUGUCCAAUUUGCAGCCGAAGGUUUAGAAGCACGAAAUGGUUAAAAGCCCAUUUAGUAAGCGAUCAUGGUCAAGCUGGAGUAGAAAAGUGGGCCGAGUUAGAUCAGCAACUCCAACAGACUCUUCAGCAACAUUCAAAGUCUAAACCAAUAAAAACAGAAAGGGCUAGUCCAGGUUUAAAAAUACCAAAUGGAAAUCAAGAUUCAUCGUCCAGAAAUUUUGCCAUUAACAAUGUGUUAUCCUCAGUGUUUGGUCCUGAAGAUGCAGCUGUUAAAUCUUAUCAGUGUUCCUAUUGUCCAUUUACUUCACCGCUACUACCUUUAUUAUUUAUUCACGAAAGGAUACAUACCAUCAAUGAAAAUGUUCCUCUUAAGUGUCCAGUUUGUCCACAGUCGUUCUUAGAAAGAGAAUUGUUUCAACGUCACAUUUAUAGUCAUCAUCCAUUUUUUCCUUCACCUCCCGUCUUUGAAGAGCAGACAGAUAUAAAUAAAAAAACGCAACCUCAAGAGAGUUUAGAAGAAGAGGCUAACUCUUCUCAGGAUGUUAAAAUAGAAAUGAGUAAUGAACACAAUAAAGCAUUCGAAGAAUCAUCUAGCAAGUCACCCCCCAGGAUCAGUGUCGCCAAUCUACCAAUGGAAAUCAGCCAGUCUCUUAAGGAUUUAGCGAAAAAGGUCCAGCUGCCGGCACUGUACGCGCUACCUCACAAAGUCAACGAUUUACCACAAGACGAAAGUACUUCUGAUUCUCCGGGGUAUGUUAUGCAACCUUUUUUAUUAGAAGAUUCUGCUUCAGAUCGUACAAUAGUGCCAUCUGUUGUUUUUUUACCUGUACUUCAAAAACAACCUGCUCCUUUAACAGUUACUUUUACAUUAACCCCUGCCUAAACAAAAUCCAUUCUUUUUGUUGUUUUUCUAAUCAAAUAAGAUUUUUUCUUAAGAUUUAUUUACUACUUUAUUUAAUAGCCCAGUAAAUAAAUUGAAUUUUUAUAAUCUAAUAGUCUAAAGUACCUACCAUUUAAAAUAAUCAUACUAUAAAGUACCUGAACAAACACUGUCUAAAUAAAUAUUUAGUUUUAGGACCUAAAUUAUAUUUAAAAUGGCAAGAAUAAUCCAGAGGUCAGUUAGGUUAAACCAAAAAAACAAAGAAAACCAUAUUUUUUUAGCUUUUUUAAAUAUUUAUGAUUCAAACCUAGUAUUAUUAAAGCACCCAAAUAUGUAUUAAAAUAGGCGCGUCUUUUAGUUGCGUAUUCAUAUAAGCACAAACAAAUUAACUUUCAAAUCAGAUAUUUACAACAACUCAUUAGAGCUGACAACUGGAAUAUGGCUUAUUAUCAAACCAAAUUAUCUUACAGGAUGACCGGUGAUUAUACUGACAGUUUUUAAAAACGAUUUCAGUUAA